AUGGCCGAAGGUCUUGGCCAAGUGAUCUCCUGGUACAUCUGUACUGUAGCGGCAACACUUUUCCUAGUCCUCAGGCUGUGGGUCCGAAUUCGGAGGUUCAAGGCUCUAGGCAUCGACGAUGGCCUCCUGAUAUUGUCGACAUGUUGUCUCAUCGGGGACUUGAUCAUUCAGCAGCACAUGUGGAAUCUUGGUAUGGCUGAGAUUCCAAAAGCCACGAGAGAGGAGUUUAUUCAGAUUAUGCAGAUGAUCGUUCCUGGAUCGAUCCUCUACGUGACCUCUCUCUGGGCCAUCAAAGUCGCACUUGUAAUCUUCUACAAAAGAAUUGCAGCACCAGCAUCGAGACUUCAGAUUGUAUACAACGUUGCGAUUGGCCUGCUCUUGGCGUCUUGGGCAACCAUCUUCUUCCACAUCAUUUUCCAGUGUUACCCGCACGACAAGAGAUGGUCAAUGGAUCCUAAUUACCAAUGCGAUCCGAAGGACGCUGAGAUCAACUACUGGUUGACGAUUCUGCUAAACAUCGGUUCCGAUGUUGCCACAAUCAGCUUGCCAAUUUCAAUGGUUCUCAAGCUGCAGAUGAAGUUGAAGCAGAAGCUUGGCGUCGCCGCCAUCUUCGCACUCGGAUUCUUCGUCAUCAUUGCCAGCAUUAUCCGAGCAUUUUACUCCAAGAAAAUGGAGACAAUGUUGACUUGCACUGUGUCUAUGAUCGAGACAGCUGUUGCGAUCAUUGCCGCAUCCCUUCCAGCAUUGCGAACACUGUUUCUCGGGCACACCUCGACUCGCGGGACCACAUCAAACUACCGCUACGGGAACUACGAACUCUCAUCGGCCGCAAUCGGCACCAGGCGAACCCAUCACAGCCGCCUCACAACCACCGUAGUUGGCGGAACACAGAUCAGAGACAAUGACUCGGACGAGGAACUGUUCAAGGAGGCCGGUCGGUUGAGUGCUUCUGGACGAGGAGCCUCUGUCACACCGACAUCGGAUAAUCCAGGCGUUAUCUCUGUCAGCACGACAUUCCAGGUGCAUCAUGGGGCCAACGAAGAGGGCGCAAUGUCCAAGGAGAGACUCGAACACUACCCUUAG